UCGACUUCAUUCACCCCGGAGUUCACACGACUGACGUGAACUGACAUCAAACUCCUCUGAGCUGCAGAGUGGAGAGUUUCUUUUCUGGUUUCGUUGAUGCCGUUUGCCCUUUCCUCCGCGGCUUCAGGACAGAACUGGUUAUUUCUGGAAGUUUCAAUUUAAAAAGAUUUAACCAAUUGAAAUGAUUUGCCUAUAUAACGUGCCAAGCUGCUCCACCGCUGCAAGACGCACAAAUGUGUGAUUUUGAAGGGAUUACACUGAGGACAAAGUGAUGGAUAUGGCCGGAUGUGUGAAUGUAAAAGAGAGGUUUUUUUUCCUUUGGACACCUGUUCUUUUGAUGAGCUGCUGAACAUCAACUUGACCUCAGUUAGGUUUGAUUGUUUGAUGCUUCAAUCUACUGGACAAAAGGCUGUGCAACUGUGAGCGUCCUCCUGCAACUCGGACUUACACUUGUGCUUUGCGUUCGUUUUAACAUUAUUUUGGAAAUCAGCUCCUCUCUUAACUACAGUGGCAUACGCCGAAUGCAGGAGCAGAACAAUCUCGGCUCUAUCAUUUAAUCGCUGUUCAUUCCGGAGUUUAAACAUCACCUCAAGUUUUAGGGUCUCUGGCUCGCUCUUUCAUUGAGGUCGUGGGGGUGGCCAGUUCUCCCGAGGGAUGUUUCUGGGCUCCCGAGAACAGGGAGCGAGAACCCGGCUCCUGCAGUGGACCUUCGCCUCAUCCUGGUGCCUAUGCAGCGGAUCUGAGAGGAGAUGAGAGCUGCGCUGUACCACCUCCUCGCCGGUUGCCUCUGCCUGUUACGCACCGCUGCUGAGGAGUCCCCUCUCCCCCGGGAGCUGCUGGAGCGCCUCUCCCGCAGCGAGAUCCGCAGCAUCAGCGACCUCCAGCGGCUGCUAGAGAUAGACUCCGUAGAUAACGAGGUGAUCGAGGAGACCAAACACAGCUACCACAAGGACUUCUCUCACAGCUUCCCCGACCUGAAGAGAGCACACACACAAACUAGACACAGGAGGAGCACUGUGGUGGAAGAGGCCUUGCCGGCGGUGUGCAAGGUGCGGACAGCGAUCUAUGAGAUCCCCCGGAGCCAAGUGGAUCCCACCUCAGCCAACUUCAUCAUUUGGCCGCCCUGCGUCGAGGUGAAACGCUGCACUGGCUGCUGCAACACCAGCAACAUGAGAUGCCAGGCAUCACGCAAGCACCAUCGCAUGGUCAAGGUGGCAAAGGUAGAGUACGUGCGGAGGCGGACGAAGCUGGGGAGGUACAGGUGAGGCUUGGAGGAUCACCUGGAGUGCAUGUGCACCAACAAACGCCACCAGUCAGCCCAAACUCAGACACAGACAAUGGCAUCAGGUGAAGAGAGAUGGACAGAUGGAGGAGAGGAAGAGGAGGACAAGGAUGAGCACCUUCAGCCUCUGACUUCUCCACCUCCACCAUCUCCUGCCAUCAAGUGACUGAAAGGUUUGACGGAGUUUAUGUUGACCAGUGACCUUUGGAACAUUUAAUGGAUGAUAACUGACUCAUAUGGACCUCAGCUGUACUCUGAAAGAUACGUACAAAAACUGCGACCAACAAACUGCCAGACACGAAACGAACCAACGGUCUGAUGGUGUCCUCGCCGUGAUUCCUCGAUGGAGAAAAGAAGCGAUUAGGUGAUGAAAGUGCAGAACACUGGCAGAGGGAUCGAAGGACUUAUCCUCUGCAUCUUGUUCCCUCUCCAGACCUUAAACCGUUCAGCAUCUCGGAUUAUGAACUGGGUGGAAUCCUUUCUAGAAACAGAGACUGGGAUUAGGUUUUUGUACUCCAAGAUUUACUCUUCCUCAGCAGAACACACACAUGCACAUAUAUCCUCUUAUUUUUAUAACCUCUCAUUUUCUAUCACUGUUUCUACUUCUGGUAUGUUAUCCACAUUAAGAAUGGAGAGGAAAAAAUCCUCCUGACAUGUUACUGAUACUAAUAAACUAUUUAUAUGAAAAGAAAG